UUGUGCCUUCGUUGGUAAGUCUAGCACCUGCACCCGAAAUAUCUCGCCCCCGGCCGAUCCGGGCCGUCCGUGGCCCGAUCCCACGGCCCCGAGCCGCCCAAACUACAUUCCAACGGAGUCACAUUACUGUUCUGGAAAGGCUGAUGAUACGCUUCCCAUUCCCAUCCCGACCGCUUCUUCGUCCCCCCCUCCUCCUCCUCCUCCCCCCCACUGCCACCCACCGCCGCCUGACCCGCUCGCCGCCUCCGCCCUCCCGCCGCCGGAGAGGGCGCAGCCCCUAGGCCCCUGCGCGCGCCUCCCAGCCCCUUGACCCCCUCCUCUCUCUCUCGCGCGCGCGUUUCGUCCCCCUCCCUGGCUUCAAGCGUCGCCGCGCAGCCGCCGCCGACCGGCGCUUCGAUCGGGAGUUCAGACUUGUGGCAUGCAGGUGACACUAUUUGACGCUCUCUGUCUCUUGACUUGGAUAUAACAAGUUAUCGUCGCUGCGAGUAAGCUUUAUUUGUCAAACAAAAAUAAGCUAGUAGUAUUUGCUCGUGAUUGGGCAAAUUAGUCAAGACGGGCGCUCUUUGCUGCGUGGCCGCUAGGCCACAUGGGACAAAGUCUAAUCCUGCUAGCAGAGACUGUUCCAUGGAUCCUACAGAGCCUCGUUGGCGGAUGAAUUCGAGCUUCUCUCCUCCGUCGCGGGGAUGGGACUGCAUGUACUCAUCAGACGGAUUGCCUCAUAGGACUCCUGAUGCUCCACACGAUCAUCCACCUUAUGUGUCAUCACUAUCAUCUCAUAGUAAAGGAAGUAGAAGUGCAUUUGGCAGUGACCAGUACCUGAAUCACCACCAUUCUGUAUCUGAUGGAGCACUUUCUUAUUUUGGUAGUCCUGUUGACAGCCUUCAGGCUCCACGCUGGACACCCUCUCUGCAAAGAUUUGAUCUUGGCGAGUUCUCUACUCCUGCAGGAGGACCAAAACCUGAAAGUUCCGAUCUCCAAUCCAGCGAGAGACAUUUAACUGCUGUGAGCAGUUUCAGUUCUGCCUCCCCAUUCUCAGAAACAAGUCAGCUGGCAUCUUCUGGUAAACGACCAGCUUCACAUCUACCUCGCAAUCAUCUGGGAAGGCGAUCUUUUAUGUCAACACCAGUCUACCCUCUAGUCUUCCGCAAUCCAGUGUCAGAAGCAGAAGCCUCGGGGGUGGCUGAGGCUAGUAAUGCUGGGCGUACCACACCAAGUGAUGACAGCCUGGCUUCUCCUGUGUGGCGGCGCAGUUUGGCGAGUCCUGAACUCAAGUUCCAUGACACACUGAGUGAACUCCGGAAGAUGGAGGCUUCUCCCGAACCAAACACGAGCUCUAGGAGGGAAGGAUUCAGAUGGAGCAGCGCUAGCAGCUAUGAUUUUGGAUAUGAUGGAGAUGCCAUUGACAUUUCAGACCAUAUCAGCAUUGACUCCCAAAGAUCCCCAACAAGUUCAGCGAGUUUCCUGAAAUGUGGUUUAUGCGAGAGAUUCCUCAGGCAGAAGUCGCCAUGGAGCUCAAACCGGAUAGUUCGAAAUACCAACAUGCCAGUAGCAGCAGUCCUUCCAUGCCGACACGUCUUCCACGCAGACUGCCUGGAGGAAAGUACUCCGAAGAGCGAAGCCCAUGAACCACCUUGCCCACUGUGCACGCGAGCUCCUGACAGUGAAGGAUGCGUAUCAUUCUCGGAGCCUCUUCACGUCGCCCUCAGAUCCGCCCGCAGGAACCAUGGCAUCAGGUUUUCUUCAGGUGACGCGGGUGGUAGCAGCAGCAGCGCGAACCCUUCCCGCACCGACCAUGCGCUGAAGAGAAAUCAGUCUGCGCUCGCGCCAGCGCGCAGCGGCUCGCUGUUCCGGAACCGUUUCAAGAAGCAGUUCCCCUUCAAGGGGAGGCUCGGCAAGGACCUCUUUGGUGGCAGGGUUUUCAGGAAGGCCGGCUCGUCUUCGUCUUCCGGGGGCCAAAAGGACGACCGUCGUCAGCCGCCAGCAGCUAAUAAGCCUGACCAAUCCAUGGAGUAAGUAAGCUAGAGCGAAGGCGCGCCGCCCCUAUAUUGUGCCGCGCCGCCGUUACUCUACCCUUCUACCCUGUCCAAAUCUGUAGUAGAUGUAUCCAUAAGCUGUGAAAUGCAGUGCCAGUGCGCUGCGAGUACUCGUCCAGGACGGAGCUUGUUUGUUUUGAUUCGACGGUGCCUCUGCCUUGGAUGUGGCACCAUGAGUGCGUGAACUAACUGUGCUGUGCUUUCAUCAUGACUGGUUUGCCGCCUGUUGUUUUGUUUGGGGUGUGUCACUGUAUCGAACAAUGGGCAGGCCCGGCUGGGUCUGGAGUAUUAACAGACGAGAACGGUUAUCGUUUGCCA